GUCGAGCUGCGCGGGUUUCGUGUGGUGAGGGCCAGCCGAGUUAAAAUCUCCUCAACAUCCCAGGGGCAAAGGAGCCGAGUGGCGGCGCAUUCGCGAUUCAAACAUGGCAGCGGCUACCAGCGUUGUCGUACUCGACAGGGGCAACAAUACCACCUGCACGAUCAACUUACACGGCGCCACGGUGGUCUCUUGGAGGGUGAACAAUCAGGAACAGCUGUUCGUCAGUAAGCAAGCGGUGUUCGACGGGAAGAAGGCCAUUAGAGGUGGAAUUCCAUUUGUCUUUCCACAAUUUGGAGCAUGGACUUUCGGUCCAGGUCAUGGUUUCGCCCGUAUUAUGCGCUGGAACGUGGAAAAAGCACCAGAACGAAUGCCAAGUGGCGAUGUCGAAGCAAUAUUUUCAAUAAUGGACAACGAGUUCACUCGUUCAAUGUGGAAUUAUCCAUUUCGUUUAACCUACAGGCUGAUACUACGUGAAAAAGAAUUACACUUUAAUAUCGGUGUUUAUAAUCCGAGCAAAGAGCACACAUUCAGCUUCAAUAUUUUACUACACACGUACUUCAAGGUCCCCGACGUAAGGAGAUGUCAGAUAACUGGUCUUCACGGUUGCACUUUCAUCGACAAGACGAGAGACAAUCAGAUAUUCCAAGAGGGCCUGGAUGUCGUUACUGUACGAGAGUGGACUGAUAGAAUUUAUCAGAACACUCAGCCGGAGCAUAUUAUUACCAAUGUCGUUUCUGGACGGAAAAUGCGGGUGCAAAAGUACAAUUUUCCGGAUACUGUUGUUUGGAAUCCGUGGCAGGAGAAGGCCAGGGAUAUUCCGGAUUUUGGGGAUGAUGAGUUUCCUAAUAUGAUUUGCGUUGAGAGCGGACACGUCAGUAGCCCCGUUAUACUUCUUCCGGGCACGGCUUUCGAGGCUAGUCAAAUUUUGCAGGUCAUGUGAGUAGAGGGUGGACUAGGAGGCAACUCUCGUGACUCUGGUUCAAGCCACUCACAUCCAGUUGUUUCAUCGCCCGCUCGUCCUCGCGCAACAGUCGGCUGGCCAGCCAGUCCCCCAAACUGGCUGUACGUCCAGCCACCGGUGCAACCACCGACGCAAAAUCAUCAUCACCACCAUCAUCAUCAUCAAUCCCGUCACUACGCCCACUGCAUCACACAAUCCUGCUCCAUAUGUUCCCUCAAUCUUUAGUUAAGCAAGCGUCGGUGGCCUCCAUUUCAUCGUUAUUACUACUUUAUUCCCCAAUUAUUCAUAGCUCGUACAUUCCUCAAUAAUUCUUCUCACAAACUACUUCCUCCAACGCCAGUCGCAUUUCUGGUUUCCUUUAGCUUGCGGAAAUAUCUCGUCUUUCCGGAGAAUUUCCGGAAAAUAUCUCUUGUGAUCAUUUAAUAUUUUCAUAAAGUUUUGUUUUACUCGUUCAGAUAAAGCAAUGGUGCUAUCAUACCGGAAAAUUAGUAGUUUUUAAGCUCCAACGCAAUAAUUUACAGUGAAGAUUGGCGAUUUGCAUUUUUUUUCAGUUGUACAAAUAAUUCAAUAUGGAAGUUGGAUAAAAACAUUGAAGGUUAUUUUUUUUGAUUGACAAGAUGUGCUGAAUGAAUAGACGCUGUAGCUCAUUAAGAAUUUUGUUAGCGAACACCAUCGAUUAAAACAGAUACAUAAUUGUCUAAAUUUUUGAGUCUGAUAACUUCGCUGGUACGAUUUUUAUCGGUGACUUUUAUCAGAUAUUAUUAUUAAAAAAUGUCAUGCAAACGCCAACUGAAUUAGACCAAUAGGAAUAAAAAUAUCCUGCUGUUGCCUUGUCUCUCGCAAUAGUCAGUAGAUUGCAAUUCGUAAAGCCCUCCAAGAUCCGUUAGAAACAUAAAUGUUAUUUUAAGCCGCUAUAAAAGAGUGUCUGAAAAUUGAGAGAUUCGCAUGGUGCUUAACUAUAACGCCGAUUAUUGACAUUCCUCGUUAAAUUCUGAAGAAAUAGAUCACGAUUAUUUGCCAAUCGAAUGCUCAAACACUCGACCAAUUUCGUUCUAAAUACUAUCUCGCUCUGUAUAAUUGACAGUGAAAAUAUUUUGAUGAUUUCAAUCUGCGCAUUGUUAUUGUUGUAAGGAAUACAAUACGACUGACAGUAUACGAAGAAAGAUGGAAGAAAUGUAUGAAAAAAAAAUCAUGUGUAUACGAAUGAGAAACUCUUGCCAUUUGAAUGUAAUGUUGAAAUCUUGAUUAAUCAAGUGAAUAAAAUUCAGACAUCGAGUUCCAGUGGCUUGUUAGCAACGUAAAUUAAGAACACUGCUUUCUGAAUUUCUAUGACAAAUUUAGAAAAAAAAUUGAAACGUAUUUUUUGAAUUUUAUUUUCGUAGAGUCUGGAUUAUACUUGUAAAUAGAUUGUUUAAAAUUCAUUUGGACGACAUGUGUUCAUUUGCAUCAUCUCCUCACUCGUUUCAAAAAGCGAAAUCAAAAGGGGAUUGAAGGGAUUAAAAAAGUGCAAGGGUUUGUGACGAGCCAUUUGAAUUUAAUCGCGUAGUGAAUCCAGUUAUACUGUAUUAGAGAUAAAGAUCUUUGGUCUGUGUUAAUCGAUUUAAACUACCAUGAGAAAUAAUACGAAUAUUUAUAUCUCAAAAUUUGAAUAUUUUCUUUCCCACUUUUUUUUCAUUGUGUAUGUGAUGGCUAAAGAGAAUUACGAGAAAUUAUGAUACUUGAAAUUCAUUUGUCAAGGGACGAAAUUGAGAAUGUACUCUUGUUUUUCUUUUGGGAAAGUGCAAUAAAAUUAUUGGAAAAUCUGAA